UGUUCUAAUACACAAACGUGGAGUGCGUUAGGCCUCUUUAUGAAAGGUGCCUGUUACUCCUUCACAGUGCAGGCACCUCUAUACCUGUACAGACGGUACUCGACCAAUGACAGAAUUCCUAUUCUAUGGAGUGUGGUGAUAUACGUAGAACGCUAGGUACGGUGGUAUUAACGGUUCGAAAAGCUAAACAAUGAAUUUAACUAUGUCAAUAUUGACAGCUGUCAGCAUUUCUAUCGAACGCUACAAAUUGUAAGUGUACACAGUUGGACAAAACUGGUAUGGUAAUACUCGGGGAAAUGGUGACGUUUAAGACUAACAUCAAAUGCAAACUAUUUGAUUCCGUCGAUGAAGUGGAUUUUUCAAUUGAGUAAGAAAACCCGUUCGUGACUAUCUAAGAGGCACUGUGUUCUAAUGUAUCUUUGCUACGAGGUGACGUUAAAUUGUUGUGAGUGGGGUGUGAUACAAUGUCCUAAAUCUCUCUAUGGAAUAUAAUAACCACGAUGUCCGGAGUCGGUCAUUUACUGGCUAAUGGUAGCAAUCCUAAAGAGGGCAAUAUGAAGAACGCUUUGAUGCUGAAUAAGUUAAUGAAGGAAGGUAGCCCUCGCUGCAACUCCUCCCCGCCUUCCAUGAUGGGGCUAGUGAAUGGUAACAAUGACACAUAUGGAGAGUUGAAAAAUGUUAAGUCGCCAAGGAUCUCGGAGGAAUGUCCAAAUUCAGCCUCUACAUCCAGGGAUAUAACGAAGUCCUUAUUAGACAACUUCAAGUCUGGACUGUCUGUUUCAAACGACAAUAAGAAAAUGUCAAUACCUAGAGAAAAUGGUAUUGUCCCUCAACUGAAAUCUUCUAGUGCUAAAAUAGCAAAUGGACAACCAAGUGACCGUGACGCUCUUUCUUCAUCCCAAUCAUCAAAAAAGCUCAACUCUAGAAAAAUGAAAUCAUUGUUGAAUAAAGAAAGUGUGAAACCAAAGAAUAGUGAUGGCGAUAUGAGACAAAGUCUAGAUACUUCUGAAAAUGAAUUCCAAGAUUCUGAUUCUGAUUCAGAGGCAAGUUUCCAAGAGUCCCCGUCUCCUUCAUUCUGGUCAACAUUCGAGGAUACUAUAUUGAAAAUUAACGACCAGACAGACACUAUGACACUACAGCCGAGGCGAAACUUUAAGGCUAGUGAUGAUUUCAAGGAUGUGAUGACGGGCAUGUUCGGUAAUACAGAAUAUGGACGAGCUAAGAGUUAUACAUUACUUAAACAGAAAAUCAACCGACUUACCAACGUCUCCGGUUUGGCCUCCAGGUUGUUUCAAAGUGCUGCUAAAGACACCAACAAGGAAGAAGAACCGGAAGAAGAGAAUGAAGAGGCAAAAGAGGCUGCCAAAGUGAAUGAUAUGGAAAACAUUAGGUCAGAAUUAAAAGGAGCCAAAAGAGGAUGGAAACUUCUCCGUAGAAAUGUAAACGAAACGGCUCUUGCCGAAAACACUAAAGAUUCAAAACUGAAAUGGACGAUGGUCAGUCAUCAUGUUACCCGGAUGACGGAUUUGGACAAGGCACGACAGGACCUAUACGAGAGGUAUGGGAUAGUACCGGCUACCCAGGAUGAUGGCUCGGUGCAGUGUAAGAAUGUUAUGUGGAGUAAGAGGGCUAUCUCAUUGAAUUUAACACAUCCAGGUUUUUACAAAAUGCCCUCUACAUCUGACGAUGCAAAAACUAAAAAACGUGUACAGAGUGCUCAUGUUACUUCGAACAAAUCUAGACCUCUUACUACUGGUAAGAAGGUAAACAGUAAAACUCUACGUAAUCGACCAGCUUCGGAAAGUAGGAUUUUAAGGUGACACAGUUGACAUCUAUUCUAAGACAUGGUGAGAUAACUGACACGUCAUUGAAGAAUGAGACGCUUAAAUAAAAAUUAAUUAUUUCUGUUUAAACUGAUCAAAUAUACUGGAAUUUAAACUUAGAUGUAACUGAAAGAGGUAAGUUUAUAUGAUAUAUACCUGUACUGUAAGAUAAUGAAUAUAAAAUAAAUCUGAACUGUUACAGAGUAGGGUUAUAUAUAAUGUUACUGUUACAGAGUAGGGUUA